AUGGAAACAAAAGAAAACAUCGUUGGACACGUCGUUGUAAAUCAUCCGAUGAAUCCAAAUCUGACAGAUGAACCAAUUUAUCGACGACGAAUUUCAAUCAUUCGAGAUUUUGCAUUGAAUACAACAACUCAUGGUAUUCCAGGUAUUGCUCGAGGUCGAAGUACACAAAAUCGUCUCUUUUGGUCACUAGUAUUUAUGAUAUUCUCUGGUGUUAUGUUGUAUUUUAUUAUUCAAGCAAUUCGUACCUAUUUCGAAUAUCCAACACAAACAAGAGUGAAUAUUACCAGUGAACGCAUACAAUACUUUCCAGCAUUGACUAUUUGUAAUGCCGGUGGAGUUCGUGCCGAUGCAGUGUUCCUACCAUAUGCUCAUUAUGUUCAGAAUUUCAAUGUUACAACUCCAAGUGGUGAACGAUUAGUAUUCGAUCAAGCAGAUUUUAUCAAAUUAUUUUUCCGUAACCUGAUCAAUGAAAAUAAAUCAAUAGAUGAAUAUGUGUUUACAUUGAAUUCGAUGCUGCUAAGCUGCGAAUAUGCUGGGAUUGAAUGUUCAGUCAAAGAUUUCAUUGAAUUCGAUUCCUCUGUAUAUGGUCGUUGCUAUACAUUCAAUGCUAAAACAAAAAAUGGUAGUGUGCGCUACAGCCAUGAUAUAGACAACACUGACAAAUUGAUAUUGCGUCUCUAUCUUCAUGCUCAUCAAUAUGUAGCUAAUGCCGUCGAAGGUGUAGCCAUGAUGGCCAUGGUUCAUGAUAAUAAACAAUUACCUCUUAUUGAAAGAAGAGGUAUGGCCUUAGCACCAGGUUUUCAACAUCGAUUAGCCUAUACAAAAAGAAACAUCUUUUUUUUAUCAUCACCUUAUUCAACAUGUACGAACAAUAUUCCUCCUGUUAUGAAAUUCAUGUUCGAGAAAUAUGUAGGAGCUGAUUAUGCCUAUUCAGAAGAUCUUUGUUAUAUCCUUUGUGCACAAGCGUAUAUUUAUGAGCGAUGUAAGUGUGUUAAUCCUGCGCAAUGGAACGCUCGUUCGAUAGUUUUACCUGGAACAAACGAUAUUGUUAUGGCACCAUUAUGCAAUACAUCCAACAUUUGUUUUAAGCAAGCUGUCAAUAAUUUCGAUUUGACACAUUCGAUUCGUGGUCGAUAUUGUUCCUAUUGUCUACAACAAUGUUCUAUUACAAAUUUUGCUGUAAAAUCGUCGUUAUCGAUUGCACCACCGGAAUGGCUCGUACCUGAUAUUCGAGCAUUCGUUGAAAAUUCAUCAGUUCCGUUGCCAUUCGAUUGGUCAAGUCGAUGGAAUGAAUAUAUUCGUUCAAGUUAUGUAUCGAUAGAACUAUUAGCUGAAUCCAGUUUGAUUGAAACUUAUACACAAAUGGCAGCAUUGAACUUUAUUGAUGUUAUUUCGAAUGUUGGUGGACAAACAGGUCUUUGGAUUGGAAUUAGUUUUCUUUCUUUAAUGGAAUUGAUCGAAAUGUUUUAUCGACUCAUCAGAUUUCAAAAUCGUAUAUCUCAAUCAGUUACUAUUGAAGAUCAAAAGCAGAGGGAACUAAAACAAUAA